AUGGGUGGGGUGAAAUCGGAAGGGAAGGAAGUUGGGCGCGGUGAAAGGGGUGGAAAGGGAGAGUUGCGGAGGGGAAGUCGGGGAAAGGGUGGGGUGAAAUGGGAAGGGAAGGAAGUGGAGCGCGGUGAAAGGGGUGGAAAGGGAGAGUUGCGGAGGGGAAAUCGGGGAAAUGGCGGGGUGAAAUGGGAAGGGAAGGAAGUUGAGCACGGGAAGGAAGUGGAGCGCGGUGAAAGGGGUGGAAAAGGAGAGUUGUGGAGGAGAAGUCCGGGAAAGGGUGGGAUUAAAUGGGAAGGGAAGAAAGUGGAGCGCGGUGAAAGGGGUGGAAAGGGAGAGCUGCGGAGAGGAAAUCGGGGAAAGGGUGGGGUGAAAUGGGAAGGGAAAGAAGUUGAGCGCGGUGAAAGGGGUGGAAAGGGAGAGUUGCGGAGGGGAAGUCGGGGAAAGGGUGGGGCGAAAUGGGAAGUGAAGGAAGUGGAGAUGGCGGGUGGAAAGCGUGGGGAGCGAGAAGCCGUGCGGGAGUGGCGAAGAAACACCGUGGCGAUUCGAAACAUUUUGAAAAGUGGGGACAAAGACAGAGAGCUAGGUCAACAAGUGGAAUGCUCACUAAGAUUGUGGGCUGAGCCAUGGAGAAUUGAUUGUGGGCUGGACUGCUUCUCAAGGACGCAUCAAACUCGCCAGAUUGUGGGCUGGGCCAUGAAGCAAUGA